AUGCAAAUCGCCACUGAGUCAUAUCUGCGAUGUCUCAACGCCACUUUGCAGCAUAAGACCUCGUCGCGUGUCGCUCCUCUAGAAGCGCCAUGUCGACGAUGGCAAAGCGAAAACGUGGGUGUUAAUAGCGGAAGCGGGGGUUCAACGUUGGCGAACAGAAUUGCCUGCCUGGAGGAGAGCAUCAGCGAGGCAGCUUGGUUGGAAAGGACACCCGGGGUGUGGCUCCAUGCUGACGAGCGGAUGGCCAUGCUGCCACGCAAAGAAGAAGAGGAGGAGCUGACAGCCUCCCUCCUUCUCGCUGACCCCCACGUCUCUAGGGUCGUCUCACCAUUGAAGGCGCUGUCAGUGAGGGAUCUGCCUCUCGUAUGGGUGUCCUCCCUCAAUCACCCCUGCCCACCGCCACCAGAGGCGCUCUCACUCAAGGCGUUUAAAAAUAUGAUCAAAAACACCUUUUCCGAAUUCAGCUCGAUUAAUACUCGACGAAAAUAUGACGAGGAACUUCUCUUGGCAUACGAACCGAUGCUGAAAGCAGUCCAGCACAACACCUCAAAGAUGCGCUACUCACCGAUUGUCAACGCGAUAAUAACCGACCUCCGAGAAGUUUGCGGGGUAGACCUCUAUCUGCGUCGUCUUAUGCGAAUGUCGAUGAUUCAACGAGGUCCCGUCUACAGAGUUUUGAGCGAGGUGGACCCAACGAAGCUGGAGGAGAAAACGGUAAGUAGGCCUUACGACAUGCCGGCCUUCCUGAUUGGACACCAGCAGCGGGGGCAAGGGACAGGCUACCCGUCGGAGUUUCUACGUAGAGCGCUGGUCACCUUCUUGCGGAGCGGUAGGGCGGAGGGCAUGAAGGAGCUGCGCUACCCACGGGCCGUCGAAGACCCUGAUCUAGAGACCACUUUCAACAUCCUUGGCCCCGCAGGACUCACCACUGCCGGAGCUCGCGUAAUAGCCCACUUUGCAGCCUGCAAGGCUUGGGUCGGCGAGAAGGGGGAAACUGAAUUCGCAAUUAAAUACGGGCGUUUGAACUGA